CAGCUGAGCAGAUCGCAGUCACGUGACCAGCAGAGCGGAAAGGCUGGUGAGCAGUUAGAGCUACAGCUGCUGUUGUUUUAGACUUUAACAGAGUAGAUUCUGUGCUUUUAAGAUCUAUCGACCUCUUUGAAGCUCCAUGGCGGCGGCAGGACGCCGGAACUCUUCCGAGGAACAAGCAGGCCUGUUCUCCUCGGGGACCCACUAUGGCUCCACAGAAAGCAGCAGCAGCAGAACGCACGAUCACCUGGCAAACAGCAAGCACAGCUUCCCCCCGUCGGCCGCCGCCCACUGGGUCGGCGCCGAUCGCGAGGAGGAGGCCAUCCGCAGGAAGCUGAAGUACUUCUUCAUGAGUCCGUGUGAUAAAUAUCACGCCAAAGGACGCAAACCCUACAAGCUGAUCCUGCAGCUGCUGAAGAUCAUCAUAGUCACGGCUCAGUUAGCCGUGUUUGGCAUUAGCAACCAGGUGGCCGUCACCUUCAAGGAGGAAAACACCAUGACGUUCAAGCAUCUCUUUCUGAAAGACUACGAUCCGUCAUCAGAUGACUCCAUUGCUGUUUACACCCAGCAGGACGUCUACGACCACAUGUUCUACACCCUGGAGAAGUACCUCAGCUUACCAGAGACCACAGUGGGGCGCUACGCAUACGUCUACAACGUGAGUGGAAACGGCAGCGCCCUCUCCCUCUGCCAGCAGUACUACAAGAAGGGACAGAUCGAUCCGGCUAAUGAUACCUUCAACAUAGACCCUCAGAUUGUUACAGACUGCGUCGGCGUGAAUCCGCUCUCUGUCCCACAGACUCAGCUCACCAACAGCUACAAGAACUUCACACUCAAGUUCCACAAGUUGAUCAACGUCACCAUCCAGUUCCAGCUGAAGGCCAUCAAUAUACAGACCAUCAUCAACAACGAGAUCCCAGACUGCUACACCUUCCACAUCACAAUAGUGAUGGACAACAAGGCUCACAGCGGAAAGGUGAAGAUCUGGUUAGAAAACCGGGCGGUGAUCAGAGAAUGUAAAGAUCCCAGCGUCUCUGGACACGCUGAGAACUUCACACGCGUUGCCUUCGACGUGGCCGUCUCUCUGGUCUGCCUGCUGUCUCUGCUCCUGUGCGGACGCUCCGUGCUGCGCGGCAUCGUGCUGCAGCAGGAGUUUGUGCAGUACUUCAGGGAGACUCUGGACCGUAAGGUGUGCUGGGCGGACCGGCUGGAGUUUAUCAACGGCUGGUAUAUCCUCCUCAUCAUCAGCGACAUCUUCACCAUCACCGGUAGCGUCAUCAAAAUCGGCAUCGAAUCAAAGAUGUUCUCAUCCUAUGACAUCUGCGGCAUCCUGCUGGGAACCUCCACUCUGCUGGUGUGGGUGGGAGUCAUUCGCUACCUCACCUUUUUCCAGAAGUACAACAUUCUCAUCAUCACCCUCCGAGCGGCGUUCCCCAACGUGAUCCGCUUCUGCUGCUGCGUGGCCGUCAUCUACCUGGGCUACUGCUUCUGCGGCUGGAUCGUACUCGGACCGUAUCACGUAAAGUUUCGCUCGCUGUCGAUGGUGUCGGAGUGCCUGUUCUCCCUCAUCAACGGCGACGACAUGUUUGUGACGUUCUCAGAGAUGCAGGAGAGCAGCACCCUGGUGUGGGUGUUCAGCCAGCUCUACCUCUACACCUUCAUCUCCCUGUUCAUCUACAUGGUGCUGUCUCUGUUCAUCGCCCUCAUCACAGGCGCCUAUGAGACCAUCAAGCACCAAACCCAGGAAGCGAUCCACAUCACCGACCUGCACGCCUUUAUAGCCGAGUGUACGGACGCCCCGACCUCCGGGAAGUUCAGGGGGGUGGAGACGUCUCCCUGCUCCUUCUUCUGCUGCUGUGACAGAACAACAACAUAUGAAGAUGUUCUAUUGGUGAACUGAGGAUGACCGCUAGCUCACCGGCUCCCCCUGCUGUCCUGCUGGGUGUAUUGCACACUUCAUUCAAACAUUAAACAGCAGAUCAGCGUUCAUGUGGUUCCAACAUGCAGCAGUGAAGGAGGAGUCUCCAUCAGCUGGAUGUUUCUGUCUGCUGAGUCCAUGAAGGACAGACUGAGAGAAGCUGCUGCUGUCUGAGCAUCAGGAUGACUGAAACUCGCUGCACAAACAUUUCUGUUCGUUUUUAGUUGUUUUACAGCAAAACUCAGUAUUUCUGUCUGUGUUGUCGGUGCAGAAACCAAGUGGCCAGAAGUGAUAGAAAAGCUCUGGUUCCGCUGCUGCUGAAUGUUUUUAUCUUUUUUAUUCCUUUUUCCCUGUUUUAUAAAGUUUCCAAGUAUAUGCAUUAUUAUGUCCAAUUUUAGUAUUACGAUAUAAAAAUAAUUAGGAUAAAAUGACAGGAACUUAUUGAUGCUGCCUGAGCAUCAUUUAGUGUGAAGCUCUGCAUCGUCCUGCAUCUCCUGUUUCAGGCCAGAGUCCUGCAGAGUCUUUCUCUAAACCAUCUGCACCUGUUUCAUGAUGCCAGAAUAAUUGGAAGUUAAAAUGUUUUAAAGCGACCCCCCCCUUUCCCCCACGGCGAGGCGGCCGCUGACCGUUAACUGAUUGGAUCUGACCUGAAUAGCUGGACUCAGACUGAAAACAAUGAUGGAAACCGACGGCAGAGAAGAGCUAACAAAGCCUCGUCAUUCUGAUUCUUUUUUAUGCUCUUUAUUAACGUCCAGCUGCCCUUUUGAGACCUGAAUAAAUUAGCUUUAGCACAAUAGCAGUGAAGACGCCAAGCUCUGGUUGGUCCAGGAUGGACUCGUUUGUCUCCCAUUUGGUCCAAAAUAAGCUAAAUAUGGUCAGAUAUUAAGAAAAAAAUGAAAAAGUGCCUUUUUUAUCAGUGGCUUUAAUGAAGGAUGCUCUGUCUGUCUUUAUGUUGUCCUUUAUCACCAAUAUGUUCUUUUCUUUGCUUUAGUUUUUGUGUUGAUGUGCCUGUACUUUAUUUAAGUCCCAGUUUAAAGUGUUGCUGCUUUGUGUCAUAUCUGGUUUAUAAUGAUCUAUUCCAGUUGCUAAAUUACUAAUUAAAAGUUCUGGCGCCUCCAUCA